AUUAUUAUUAUUAUUAUUAUUAUUAUUCACUACAUAUUACUUCUGACUGUUAAUAGUUUGAAUCACCCCCGUUUGUCAGCAGCAUUUAGCUUUUUCCCGUGAUAACAUUUCCCUGGUUGGAGCGCACAGAGAGCGGGUUCUUUGAGUCCAGUGAAGCAUUUCUGAGGGGUUUUUUUUUCAGAAUUUUGAAUCUGAACUUUUUCAGGACAUAUGUUUAUUUGAAAUCUCCUGCUGUGGCCUUUAGAAAGAUUCCCAGUGCCUUGGGAAGGGAAACUGGCCCACAGCCUUUAGGUGUGACAAGUGUGUUAUCAAUAGUUCUCUUCAAAACAAUAAUUUUUAAUGCACUCCCUCCACCCUACCUUAAUAAAUACAUUCAAAUUGCUGUCUGGAUUUCAAAAGGACAGAAUAUUUAAAAGUUUAAUCCCCUCCAUCCACUGCUAACGUCUCUCUACAUCUUGUUCUCCUCCUCCCAUUAAAUGCUAGACUUAUUUGACUGAUGACCUUAUUUGUAACAUUUUCUUUUUUUUGUUUGUGUGUGUGUAUUUACGAUCGAUCGCCCGCUAGCCCCCCUCAGAAGGAAGCUACCGCUCCCUUUCGGCUCGGCUGACCUGGUUUCAGUGCAGAGUGGGGCACUGUUGUGUUUAUCAUGUCACCGCUUGUUCUGAUCUCAGAUCAUUGAUAUGCAGCAGACACGCUGCCACUGCUCAUUCCUCAGGCCUGCUGAUCGUCUUGUCAUUCAGAUCCAAGCUUAGACCAGAACCAAAUUGAACAUUCCUCGGAUUCUCUGCCUCUGUUGUUGCUGGAUGCUUUCUGGUCCAAGCGGAGCUCUUCCUCUCUUCCUCCUCCUCCCCCUCCUGUUUGGCUCGAUAGGAAGUGGGGAACCAGUUGGCACUUAAAUUUCCAUACUGUACUGAUUGUGGUAAAAUGGCAGCUUCUGCUUCCUCCGUCCUCCUUGCUGUGGUUCCCUCACCCUCUCCUGAGAGAAGUAACCCAGAUUUCAAAAUGAAUCGCCGCCUAUUCCCCUCAAUCUUUCUCCUCUCUCUUUCUCUCUCGCUCUCUCUUCCUGUACUUUUUCCACCCUCUCUUUCUCUCUUAUUCUCUCUCCAUCUCUCAUCCUCUUCCUCGUAAAAACCGAAUCAAUCUUGGAAAGAGAAUACCACCUCUCCAUCUCGUACUCCCACUCACCCUGCCUCUGGGUUAAAGGAUAUAUACCACUUCAAUCCUGUGUUUGCUUCUUUAAAAUCUUGAACCACUCCAGUUGCCUGUUGCAUUCAUUUCAAGUUAUGUUGUUCGUUUUCGUUUCUUGAGCUGCUUUUCCUCUCCUAGCCAUUGCUUUUUCUGGCUUCUCUACCUCUUUUCUUGGGAGUUUGUUGUUUUUUUUUCUUGUUUGAGUUGACCAGCUACAGGUGCACCCCAGAUUUUCAAUUGAAGGCAUUCAGACGAAGAGUCAAGGACAGGAAGAGGGGACGACUGUUUUUGGCAAGGAUUUUCUUACAAACUAAGGUAUUUUAAGUACAGCUUGGUGCACAUCUUUAGUAUUCUCCAUCACGUGUUUGUAUCACUAGACCAUUUUUAAUUCCACUCAUCUUUUUUGACUGCUUCUUUGCUGAGACAUCAUCAUUUUCUCAUUUAUUUUUUUUAAACUAGUCUUGUUUAUUUAUUCAUUGAAUCUCAUUUAUCAUUCAGCAGCACGCAACUCACUUCUUCCAUCCAAUAUUUGCCAUUUUGCACUUUUUCUCCGCACGUCCCAUUCCCUGCAGACGCGCUCAUGUUAUUCUGGUCCAAACUUUUCUGCAGAAAUAGGACUAAUUGCUAAUAAGGGCAGGCAGGAAGACGAUGAGAGGAUGCAGGCUCCAAUACUGGAGCAGCUGGUGGGGUGUUGUUGACAUGGCAACAGGAGGUAGUUGACAUAACGACUGAGGUAUGGGUGGGGGGUGCGGGUAUUCAUAGCAAAUGAGGGGUGCAGCAGGAUGGACAGCCAGUAUGUGGGACACACAGCAAGUUGAGCUAAUUGUUUAGCUUCUCUGAGUUUCUCAGGAGACUUUUGUCUGUAUUUGAAUUAACCUUCCUGUCUUCUUUAUCGUGCCUCUCUCCUUUCUCUUUUCUUUCGCUUUCUACUUGUCGCUCUCUCUGCACUCCUUCCAUCACCUUCUUCUCGAUCUUUCCCUACCCUACAUUCCUCCUUCCAUUAAUAUCAUUCCUGUCUCUGCGUGACCUAUUAUGUCCUUUGUCCUCCGUGUCCUUGACCUCUCCUUCUCCCGCCACCCACCUUCCCCAGCGCACAGCUCUCAGCCUCCUCUUCUCUCAUCCCGCAGACAUCAUGUCCACCCCGGUGUCCCCGUCCCCCUCCCUCUCCCCACUGACCUCCCCCACAUCGCCCUCCUCCCCGCUGCCCUCGCCCCUCUCCCCUCCGCCCAGGGUGCCCGUGUUUCAGAGGAAGGGAGCGCUCAAACACAAGAGGAUUGUCGAGGUGAAAGACCAUCAGUUCACAGCUCGCUUCUUCAAGCAGCCCACCUUCUGCAGCCACUGCACCGACUUUAUAUGGGGCAUCGGCAAGCAGGGGUUCCAGUGUCAAGUUUGCAGUUUUGUGGUCCAUAAAAGAUGCCACGAGUUUGUCACCUUCACAUGUCCCGGAUCUGUGACUGCCCUCAGGCCCGAUGACUUGAAGAGUCAACACACAUUUAAGAUCCACACCUACUCCAGCCCCACGUUCUGCGAUCAUUGCGGAUCGCUGCUGUACGGACUCAUACACCAGGGCAUGAAAUGCACCAGUUGCGACAUGAAUGUCCAUCGGAGAUGCGAGACCAGCGUUCCCAGUCUGUGUGGUCAGGAUCACACAGAGAAAAGAGGGAGAAUCCACCUGACCAUCAGAGGAGACAAAGAGGACAUCUACGUCACAGUUCGGGAGGCACGCAAUCUGAUGCCCAUGGAUCCGAACGGUUUGUCAGACCCGUAUGUGAAACUAAAACUGAUUCCGGACCCAAAAAGCCACAGCAAACAGAAGACGAAGACCAUCCGCUCAACACUCAAUCCCGUCUGGAAUGAGAGCUUCACCUUCUCAGUGCGAGGCAACCAGUGGGACAGGCGUCUGUCUGUGGAGGUGUGGGACUGGGACCGGACGUCCAGGAAUGAUUUCAUGGGAGCGCUCUCAUUCGGCGUCAGUGAGAUCUUCAGACGUCCUAUAUGCGGUUGGUUCAAGCUGCUUGCACAGGACGAGGGGGAAUACUACAACAUCCCAGUACCAGAUCCAGAUCUGCAGGAACCUCAGCCUGACGCUACAACGCCCUCUCUGCCUCAGGUGUUGGCCGCCCCGAUGCCGGAGCCUUUUCCCGUGGUCUUGUCUCCGACCCCCAUCCAGUCCUGCCUGCCCAUACACUCUUCGGGUCCUGGCAAAGUCAGAGUGGGAAUCCAUGACUUCAAUUUCCUCAUGGUGCUGGGCAAAGGCAGCUUUGGCAAGGUGCUGCUGGCAGAAGAGCGAGGCAGCGAUCAUCUGUUUGCAGUGAAAGUCCUUAAAAAGGACGUUCUCUUCCAGGACGAGGACACGGAGAGCGCUCUGGUGGAGAGGAGGGUUCUGGCGCUCCCCUCGCGUCCCCACUUCCUUACAUCGCUCUACUGCGCCUUCCAGACCGAGGAUCGUCUGUAUUAUGUUAUGGAAUAUGUCAAUGGUGGAGAUCUGAUGUUUCACAUUCAGCAAGUCGGGAAGUUCAAAGAGCCCCAUGCAGCGUUUUAUGCAGCAGAGAUCGCAGUCGGCCUCUUCUUCCUCCACAGCAAAGGCAUCAUCUACAGAGAUCUAAAGCUGGAUAAUGUGCUGCUUGACAGCGAGGGCCACAUAAAGAUCGCCGACUUCGGGAUGUGCAGGGAGGGCAUGUACGGGGGCGACACCACUCGCACGUUCUGUGGCACUCCCGACUACAUCGCCCCUGAGAUUGUGGCAUAUCAGCCGUACAAUAAAGCAGUAGACUGGUGGUCUUAUGGAGUAUUAAUGUAUGAAAUGCUUGCGGGACAGCCGCCGUUUGAUGGCAUCGAUGAAGAGGAGCUGUUUCAGUCCAUAAUGGAGCAGAGUGUCUCCUACCCCAAAAAUCUCUCUCGGGAAGCUGUGGCUAUCUGCAAAGGGCUCCUGACGAAGCACCCUGCCAAGCGUCUGGGUGGAGGAGAGGAAGCCGAAAGGGAGAUCAAGGAGCAUCCGUUCUUCCGUUGGAUAGACUGGGACCGUCUGGAGCGACUGGAGAUACCGCCACCGUUCAAACCCAGAACUGGCGGGAGAAAAGGCGAGAACUUCGACAAGUUCUUCACAGCGGCCCCGUCCGUUCUCACCCCAUCGGAUCCAGAUGUGCUUGCAGCCAUCAACCAGGAGGAUUUCCAGGGAUUCUCCUUCUUCAACCCAGACUUUGCUCCGUUGCCUCUCACAGCUAUUUGAAAACUGUCCCCUCCAAUUCUCCCUGUUGUGUAUCAGAAAGUAGUUUUAUAGCUGAGAGCCAGAGUAUGAAAAUUAGCAGCAAAUAUUUCACCUCUUGUGACAAACUUCUGACGUUUACAUUAAAAUGCCAAGACAAGUCGGUAUUCCCCCACUGACAUGUGUGUGUCCUCUUACUGCAUGUGUAUUGACCAUGGCUUGCCACUCUACACUUCUUUUCUUUUGUAAGAUCUGUCCUAACCUGCUGUAAGACUGUUGUGGCGUCAGACAGACAAAUGAAUCUCUUUGCAUGCGGAUAGUUUUUAUAGAGCUAGAAGGAAGAUAAAUGUCCCCAGUUUUCUGAACAGGCAAUUUACCUUUAACAUCUUUAUUCAUACUGCUAUUCAGAAAAUAAUAUGCAAAAGAAAUCUUCUUUUCGUGAUCUUGUUUUCAUAAAUUACAUUUCCUUGAAGGUCUAUUUAGCUCAAAUACAUUCCCAUCAUAAUUAUGGCCUCCACAGCACCUAAAUGUGCAUUUUGAAAUCUAGAUCUAAACUGAUAGACUGGAAAUCUAAAACUGACUCAUAGACUAUGAAGCUGUCUAAAUGGCUAGACGUGUUUCUCUUUCCCAAUUUGAUUACAUAAUCAUAAAAAAAGACUCACUGAGGCUCUUUUAACCGGCCUCAACUUCUCAGUUUAAUGUCGUGACCUCAGCCGAUUCAUGGAGGUGCAUAAAUGACGCAGUGUGACAGUGACUGUAGGCAACACUGCUGCCCUCAAACUGCUGGACUUUCAGUUGCAUUACUUUCAAUUAAACACCAUGUUUGCAUUAAAGCUGGUCCUUGCAAAAGCAUUAAUACUCUAUGAACCUUUUAUUUUCACAUUUUUAUAUGUUACAACCACAAACUUUAUUUGAUUUUAUUUGGAUGUAAGAGAGACCAACACCAGUGGUGUUAAGAAUUGGGAAGAAAAUGCUGCACGGUUUUGAAAACGGUUUGGUACGUAUUCACCUCUCUCCUGUCGAUGCUUUGCAGAGCCUCAUUUUGAUGCGAUUACAGUACAUGUCUCUGCCAGCUUUGCACAUCUAGAGACAGAAAUGUUGAACUCUUCUUCUUUCCAAACAACUCGAGCACAAUUGUAUUGGAUGUGAAAACAAUUUUCGAAGGUUUUUCAUGAAUCUGGACUGUGACGGUACCAUUCCAACACAUGCUGAUCUAAACUAAUGUAGCUCUUGUUGUUCAGGAACAUUGUCACACUUCUUUUGUGACCUGUGACAGAUUUACCUCCAGAGCUCUCAUGUAUUAUUAUUCUUGUUAACUCUGGUCAGCUCCUGCAGACAAAAAGCAUCCCCACACCAUGAUGCGGCCACCACCUUGUUUCUCUGUGGGAAUGAUGACUUUAGGUUUAUGUGGAGUGAUGGUUUUCCACAUCCAUAUGGUGGCCUCAAUCGCUCCUUUCUGGCCUGAGGCAAAGCUUAGACAGAACUUGUCAUGACUUUUUUUUUUUUUUUUUUACAUUGUCUUUCUUCUUGCCACUCUUCCAUAAAGAUCACGUUUGCAGAGUGCAAGACAAUGUUUGCAGCUUCUAAUUCUUUAUUUAGAGGCAUCAGAAUGACGGGGCAGGAUGGGUAAAACAUACACGCGCCUCAGUUUUUGAUUUCUGUUUACAAAGACAAUCUAAAAUCCCUUUUUCUUCCACUUUACAAUUAUGCUACACUUUGUGUUGGUCAAUCAAAUAAAAUACAACAAAGUCGUUGUGUGUAAUGGGACAACUUGUGGAAAGGUUUAAGGAAUUUAUUUUUGCGCAGCACCUUAAUUAGGACCUCUGAUUGUUUUACUGCACAUUGAGAAAACAUUAUCCUUCACGUUGUCUUACCCAAACAAGCUUGUUGGCUUGUUAAAGUACAGAAACUUGUGUUUUUAUCUGUGUACACUGGGAAGCUUUUUGCUGUGCAACCACAUACAGCGCACAGCAUCGAUUGGGAGUAAUUAGAAGGGAGGCUCAAUGGGACUGUUCAAUACGUGGAAAAAAAAAACAAUACAAGCAGGCAGUGCGUUUACUUAAACCUGCCUGAUCGGAGCAGGUGGCCGCAACGUCUCCAGUGCAGUCCCACAAAUGAGUUUUAUUUCUUUAAUAGAACUUAUGGGUUCAUAAUCUCUCUCUGAGUGUUUCGAUACAGUAGAGACAAGAGAAAUGCGUAAUAAUCAGCAAUCUAUUAUGGCUAGUCUGUGUGUUUGUCUGUUGAGUUGACUUCUUUUGUUUUCGUGUGCUGGAGAAAUAACUUCAAAAUAAACCAACUGAGAAAGUCACAGUGACGUGUCUCAUUCUGUCGUCGUGUGAAGUUGCGGAGGAAUGCCUCCCGCUUCGUGUUCUCCACACGCCUCUCUGUCACUCCCUCUCGUUCACACAUACUCGCACACGCAAAACACAACGAAACAAACAGAAAAGGCCAAUUUCCAGCAUGUUAACGUUCUCAGUCACACACACACACACACGCGCAUGCUGGGAGAGAAGAUGCUGACCGCUCUGUUUGCUGUGGGACUGGAGUUGUCGAAGCAGCAAACCCUCCCGCCAUCUCCUCCCCUCCCCUGCGUCUCACUUUCCCUCCCUUCUCCUCUGGGGCAGCCUCUCACUCUCUCCUCCUCCUCCCCCGCAGCUGCUCCGCCCACUCCCCCCCGUCUCUUAAGCCCCUCCAGCACCAAGCAGAGACUAAUAUCCCUGUAGAGAUCCAAAGUUAUAACAAGUUGACCUUCACAUUAAAAUCUCAUCAACUUCCCAUCUCCCUCCGCACUUCCCCCUCUUUUUCUCUGCGCGUCCUUCAUGGCUCUUUUGUACUUUUCUGACGGUUUGACACAUCUACUCCUUUGCUGCACGUUUUUAAAUUAUGCUCUGUUUGCUCUACAGUCAGAAUUUAUUGGUGUAAGCAUCUUUUUUUUACACACCCUGUUGUUGACUGUUGAUGGAAGGUUUUUCCUAUCUUAAAAUCUAUAGUUUUCUAUAAAAUAUUCUGCUGUCAGAUCUCUGCUAUUUUGAAGACAUAAGAAUCUGGAACCAUUUUACUUGUUUUUUAUGCUAUUUUGAAAAAAACAUGUUUUAUAAGUAAUUUGAACAUGGCUUUUUAGCUUAUAAAGGUGCUGAAAAAGUAUGCGUUCCAUUUGAACCUAUUUAUGUUUUGGUCACAUAGCAGCCACUAUUGUACAGGAAGUUUUGUUCUGUUUUGUGUGGUGGACCAAAACAAGAUAGUUUAUAUUUGCAAAGUGG